UUCCUAAAACUUGUCAACCAAGCUUAGGAGUAUCCCUUGGAAUUCUCCUAUAAAGUCGCCAUCCUUUUUUAUUUUACUCAUAUAUUCUCUACAACCUUUUCAAUUUCUUCAAUUUACAAAAUAUUUUAGUUCUUCAAUUACCUGCAAAACACACCGGAAAAUGUGUCCCACCGGAAGUGUUUUGCAUUCUGCCGCCGGCGCCGGAAAACCAAAUCUCCGGUCAGCUUUCGACGUUUUAGACGUUGACCGCGAUGGAAAGAUUAGCAGAGAAGAUCUCCGGACAUCGUACGGUGGAUUCGUCGGCGACGAUAUGAUUGGUACGAUGAUGACGGUGGCCGAUUCGAACGAAGACGGAUACGUUGAAUUUGAGGAUUUCGAGAAGGUUUUGGAUAGUUCUAUUAACAGAAACGGCGAGGAGAAGAGGAAAAAUGAAACAGGGAUGAAUGUAAUGGAGGAUGUUUUCAAGGUGAUUGACAAAGAUGGAGAUGGUAAAGUUGGGGUUGAGGAUUUGAAGAGUUAUUUGAGUUGGGCUGGGCUUCAAGUUGAUGAUGAUGAUAUUAAGGCCAUGAUUAAAUUGGGCCAUGGUGAAGAAAAUGGUGGUGUUACCUAUGAAGGUUUUCUCCAAAUUUUGUCUCUUUAAUUUGUUCCAUUGAUGAAGAUGAUAAAUGUUAGAUUAGGUGAACAAGGAUUUUUUGUAAUUUUCAAUUUUCGUCAAGUUCAAAGCAGCGUGGUGCUUCCCAUGUUAUUUGAGAAAAAAAGGCGCACCAUCAUUUUGUAUGCUACUUUUUCUGAUUUUAUUUGAUAUUA